AUUGUCUUUUCAUACGCAUAAGAAAGUAGGAGGAGAGGCUUGCCCUUACUAAAUAUGGCGGUGUCUGGCUUCACUGCCUGUAUGAGGUUUCAGUUGUAUUCUCCGUAUGGGAGUGAAGCCUCUCUGCCAGCAGUAUCUUUAACCUAUGAACUCCUGAGUGUGCCAGUCCUCCGCCAUAUUGACUGUUGUCUUGACUGGAGGAGAUAGAGAACAUUUUGAGGUCCGAGAAGAAACGAAAGUGUGCUCUCCAAAUCAUCGAAACUGGUGCAAACUUGGCCAAAGCGUAUUAUAAACACCACCAUAAUGGCAAGGAAGAAAAGCAAGCAGCAGGGAGUCGCCCAGAAAGAGCUUGCGCCUGGACAGCAGACCGUACCGAAGAGCCCAGUCUCUCCCGGCGAUGCAGCUGACGGUGGCGGUGGAGAUGCUGGGCUGGAUAGGCUGGCCACUACCAGGGCGAACCAGCCUAUGCACACCUGCUGCCUCCUGUGCCACAGAGAAUUUAAGGACUGGGGAGCAAACUCUGUGAACGGACUCCCUGGGGGCCAUGGGACCAAGCUGGCUGAUGCUGUGCCUGCGCUCUCGCAGGCCUUAUUGCGGGAGGCGCCAGGGCGUAAGCUUGCUGAUGCAGUGCCCUCGCUGUCUCAGUCCCUGCUGGGAGAGGUGCCUCUGUGGAUAUGUCAGAGCUGCUGCAAGAGUGUGGAAGAAGAGGAGAGGCGGAGCACCCAGGAGCAACCGACACCGGUACCAUUGUCACACUCUUCCUCUUGUAAGUCCCAGAGCUGUGGGAACGGUUACCCGGAGCAAAGUACUGUGGAUUGGGACCCGAGUUCCUUCCUGUCAGCCCACAAACUGUCAGGUCUCUGGAAUUCUGCCCACACCAACGGAGGGGAACACUGCAACCACAACACUUCUUCACACUCACAACCAGGUAUAACAGCAGGAUCAGCCUGUCAUGAGAAAAGAGGACUUCAUGAAGCGCCUGGGAAAUCUGCUAAAACGUCAGGGACCAAAGUCUGUCCCUACAGUCAUCCGUCAUCCCAGAAUUCCAGUGGAUCUUCUGCUGGGAACCCCCUGUCUACCUCAGCAGACCUUUGUAAGACCACUCCCAAGCACUUCAAGACCAUGUGCCGUCGACCAACACCACCAGGUGAAGCCUUCCACCCCAGUGACCACCAUCAACACACAGACUUGUCGGUACCCCCCAACAGUCCCACCGGCCUGUCCUCCCAGCAUUCCUCCCUCCUGCCCCCAAAGCCGAACUCUGGGCAGCAUGGCCACGUAACUUCCUCGUCUGGCACUGGCGGGGCAGCCCACGCUCCCUUCUCCCCGCUGGUACCAAACCUCCACGGUCCUACGGCCAAACUCAACUCUCCCAGUCCAGACAGCCCAACACCUGUCCAUAAGCCCAGCCCGUGCAAAAACUCCCACAUUCCUGCCGUGAACACACAACACAGCAAACUGGGCACGUCUAUCAUGGGCUGUAACCACCCUUGUAAUGGACACAGUGCGGGAACAGUGUCCACUUCAAAUGUAGGCCAUCUGACAGCUGGGGCCUGCAGGGACCAGGCAUGUAAGGGGCACAAAAUGACUAAUGGGACGUUGUGCCACCCUUCGUCUGAGCUGGAGGAGGGGGAGGAUGAAGACAGCAGCUCUGAGAGGAGCUCCUGUGCCUCCUCUUCCAACAACCAGAAGGACGGAAAGUACUGCGACUGCUGCUACUGCGAGUUCUUUGGACACAAUGCGCCUCCAGCUGCACCAACCAGCCGUAACUACGCUGAGAUCCGGGAGAAGCUCCGCUCACGUCUGACCAGACGUAAAGAGGAGCCGCCUCAGCGUCAAGAUUCAGAACUGACAGUCGCUGCUGCCAUCGACAACCGGGACGUAGACGAGCUGCUAGACUUCAUAAACAGUUCUGAGCCCAAACCUGUCAACAGUGCCAAGGCUGCCAAAAGGGCCCGACACAAACAAAAGAAGAAGGAAAAAGCUCAGCAGGGCAUGGGUGCUGCAGGCAGUGACCCCCACUCCGAUCCAUCUGAGCCUGUCGACGACGAGCCAAUCCCUGACGGUUCAGAAGCCAGUCGGUUGCUUGAUUGGCCACAGCUGGAGCUUGAGCGUGUCAACAGUUUCCUCACCAGUCGGCUCGAAGAGAUUAAAAACACCAUCAAAGACUCAAUCCGGGCCUCAUUUAGCAUGUACGACCUCAAUCUGGAUGUUAAUGACUUCCCAAAAAAGGCAGCCACGUUGGAGGGCAACCAUUUACUGUCCCAUCUCAAUGGUUCCUCUGACCUGCAGCAGAUAGACCUUGACUUGGCCCCUCUUUCUCUGGGAACCUUUAAGAGCCACCUGGACCUGGUUAAUGGAUGGGAGGACACAACCACGGUCUCAUCCCCUAAUACCACCACGGCGUCAGGGGUCCCUCCUGGAUCCAAGGACAUCCAGCGGUUGCACACUACCCCCAGUCUUUCAAAGCUCAUAAGGGUUCGGUCCCCAGAAAGAUGCACUUCCACUGUAUCUGACAGUUUGCCACAGGUGCCAGCCCAAGCUACAGCUAAAUCGAAUGAGGAUGCCCCUGAUCCCAAGAACACAACAGUUGGGAACAGCGGUGCAAAGUCAAAGAAGAAUAAAAAGCAGCAGCAAAGACAGGAGCAAUCUGUGUCGGAGCAUAAUACCAACAAACUAACCAAAGCUGCCUCCGGGAAUGACUCACAGAAAAGCAACGAGUGUAAAGAAACGGCUUCUUAUGGAUCAAAAGCUGGGAACAGACAGACCCAGCCUUCUGCAGACAACCAGAGAAAUGGACCCAAGAAAGCUGAGGAGGGCAGAUUGUCUAAACAUGCAGCAAAUGGUGGCCUCUCAAAUGCACAAAGAGGGAAAGGUGACACAGACGCACACGGAGGUCGGUCUGAGCAGGAGUCCGAAAGCAAAGCUCACCCCACCAUUCCAGCAAAUGGGCAGCAACAGCAGCAAGCCAAGGGGAAAAAUAAGAAGAACAAGAACAAGGGUGAAAAAUCCGGCAGUGCUAUUGAUGAUGUAUUUCUCCCUAAAGAUGGCGAUCCAACAGAAAUGGAUGAGAUUGAUCGGGAAGUGGAAUACUUCAAAAGGUUUUGCAUUGAUUCUGCAAAACAAACUCGCCAGAAGGUAGCAGUGAAUUGGUCCAACUUCAGCCUCAAAAAGGUUCCUUCCAAUGCAGCUCAAUAACUUGGACGAGUGCCAGAAAAAACUCCACACCACAAACUCUUUCAGUAGAGCCCCGUUUGGCCUGAGGCCUUCUCUCAUUCCCUGUUUUCUUCUCUUCCUUCCUAAACCAAGGGACCCUGGUUCAAAAGCAUACUCUCCAUUCAGAGGACUGAAACGUAACUUGUGGCUCACAAGCCAGGGAUCAUUCUCAAGGCCAACUUUACCCUUUGCUAUUAUUGCAAUGUUCACUGAAUGAGAGAUGCAAAAUUGGAAAAAAAGUCUGUUGAAUCCACUGCAUCCAUGUGCUUACGUAUGUAGUAUGUAAACAAUUACCUUACAUGAAAUAAAUGUUUUUAUCACAAAUCUGAGACAUUUUAACGUUGUUAAACUUCUGAAUUCCAAUUUGGUGCUCAUCAUACUUUACAUUCUGCAGUGCUAGUUUCCCGCUCACUACACCAGUCUCAGUAGACACUCAAGACCAUUUGUCUUAUAAUGUACAACCGUCAGAAAGGAGUACAAAACAACAUUUUGACCUAAUUUUAGGGAAAUACAGUACCCUCCUCUUCUGCAGGGGGGAACAAUUUAAUUCAUUUUACUCAAAAACUGCAGUGCAUUCAGUGGUUGUUCAUAGUUUUCAAUUGGAAUACUUCUCUCAAUAUUUAAUUAUGAUCAUUAAAUGAUUUAGUAAUCAGUGGUUGAAAAUUAAAUGACAAACACUUGAUUACCCACCUGUUACACUGUUCUUGUUUUGUAUGAAAUUAUGUUAAAAAAAAAAUACAUGAAUAUUUUGACAGUUUAGUACAUCAACAGUGGUAAUAGAACCUAGUGGGAAAAUAUAAAUGUAGUGUGUGUGUAACACUUGGCUCGCAGAAUGCAUCUUACAAAAUCCAAAUCUAAUGAAGUAUCCUUGCAAAUACGUUCCCCACACAUGAAAUGUAGAAGAGAAACCUCUAAAUACUGUCCCUCGGGCCUGUAUUGGGCAAAGUUAAAUGUCUGUUGCUUCAAUGUUAAUCUUGAACAGUUAUAUAUUUUAUAGUGAUAUCCAAUAUACACUCUGCCACCUGUAGAAGAAAGUCCUUUACUAUGGUUUUCUUGCUCUAAAACUGUCAUUUUAUCCCCUUUAUCCCAGCAGUGACAGGUACACCAAUGUGCAAUGUUCAUUUUAACAUUGGAACCAUCACACAUUGUUUGGCACAGUUGAUUUCAAUGCUUGUACAUAUUGAGUGAUUAUUUUGGGCCCUUUUGAGCCUUUGUCAUGCGUUUCUGGGGGUUGUGUGUGUGUGAGAUAUAUUUUCAACCAUACUACUCUUUUCCCUGUACUGUGACCUUGAUGGCAUCCUGUACCUCAGCUAGCCUAUCUUAAGUCCAAGUCUUGAUAAUCUUUGGAUGAGAAAUAUCACUGAAGAGUUGAUACCUUUGAGACAAGGGCAUUGGGAUUUACACCAGUAACCAUGUUUUAGCUGAUGGCUUUCAUUGAGGUGGAUCAUUUCUUUCCUGAAUCUGUGCUAAGAUUUUGUUUUCAUAUAACAUCUCUGAUGCUUUCCAGGUUAUAUUCAAUUAGAGAAGAUUAUCUUAAUGUUUUGAAUGUAGAUUUAUACUAUAUCAAUAAUGGCCAAGUGUAUGUUGGCUUGUUUCUUUUUUUUUUAAUUCACUUUUGAUACUGUGAAAAAUCUUUCGUUCAGAAAGAUUAAAAACAAUACAGUUUUGA